CUGAGAUCGCCAGAAACUAUGUCGCGAUAUCCUUUAGUUAACGGGGAAAGCAUAUCCAUGUGUUUAACUGCCUGUUGACAUUUUUUUUGCAACUGACAUUUAUACAAAAUAGGAACUUUAAAAAUGCAUUAAUAAAAGAAAUUAAAUUUCUAGUAAAACACCUUUAUGCUGAUUUUGUGAAAAAUAUUUAUUUCAAAAUUGAUCAUUAUGUUAAACGUAUAUAACAAAUUUUAGAGAAACUGUUUCUGUAUUGUAAAAUUUUUAAAUAUCAGUAUGUGAUAAAUGCUAUGUUAAUCGUUCUCACAGAAUAAACAAUACGAAAAGAAUAUAACUUUUUCAACCAUAAAGGAUAACAUGUUUCAGGGCUUUGUUUGAUGGUCCCGGAGCUGUGAGCAGAAUACGAAAUCUUCUCUUCUUCGAAAGCUGAUCUUAAUGUGUCUUCGAAUCCUUCUGAAAUCUUUAUUGUGCCUUCAGCGGUGGAAAAAGCUAGUCAUGUUCAUUCGAAUCUUCAACAUCUUGGUUAUUUAUAGGUGCAUUAUGAGAAGCUACGCAGAUGAAACCCUUCUGAGAGGACCAAGUUUUACGAUUGAACCUCCGAACAAAAUUGAGUUCUCAAACACUACCGGUACAAUGGUACCAUGUGCAGCAGAUGGCCUACCACACCCAGUAAUCACGUGGAAAAAGGGAAGUGGUGAAUCUCUUCAAGAUCUACCCGGCCUACGUUAUGCCCGACAUGACGGGACUCUUGUAUUUCCUCCUUUUUCUGGUGAAGAAUAUAGACCAGAUAUACAUGCAACUGUAUAUCGCUGUGAAGCAUCUAAUACAGGAGGUAUAGUUGGAAGCAGAGAUGUCCAUAUUAGAGCUGGUAAGUCAACAAAAUGCUGUAGACUUUCCAUUAACCUGUUGUUCAGGAAAUGCACUGUUCUAGAUGAUAGAAUCGAUAUGCAUUUUGGUGAAACAAUUUAAACAAAAAAUGCAUCUAAAG